ACGUGGCCGGGAGACGCACAGGGCGCCGGCGUCGCCGCGAGGCCUCUAGGGUGGGUUCGCCAGGAGGGCUGGUUCGCGCCGCGCCUAGAGGGAGGCUGAGCGGGCCGGGCCGGGCGGCGGGGACACUGCGGUGCAGCCCUGCGCUCCGGAACGCGGAAUGUUGCCCUGGUCGCCGCCACGGUGGGGCGUGGGCCCGGAGGAGGCGCCCGAGGGACCAGGCCUUGCGGCGGGCAAGGACCAGGGCGAGCCCUGGAGCUCCGGAGCGGACGCCCCCAGGGAUCUGGGGACAUCCCCAUGGGACAGCCCACGGCCCCCAUCCCGUAGCCCUUCCUGGACCCGGACAGAGCAGCUGCCGCUGCCCCACCACCCGCCAGGCCCAGCCACUGAGCAGCCCCCGGGAGCCCCAGCUCCCCGUUCCCCCCAGGUGGCCUGGGAGGUGGACCCCUCGAGGAUGACUCCACUAGCGCCCUGGGACCCCAAGUACGAAGCGAAAGCGGGCCCUCAGCCAGUGUGGGGGGCCAACUGUAGCUCAGGAGCCUCGUUCUCAGGCCGGACGCUGUGUCACCCCUCGUUCUGGCCGCUGUAUGAGGCAGCCUCGGGCAGGGGUCUCAGGCCCGUGGCCCCUGCCACAGGGCAUUGGAAUGGACAGCAGGUGCACCCAGAUGCAGGGUUCCCGGUGAUGUGCUGUGAAGAUGUCUUCCUCUCGGACCCUCUGCUGCCCCGGGGGCAGCGUGUCCCCCUGUACCUGUCCAAGGCCCCCCAGCAGGUGAUGGGCUCCCUGAAACUGCUGCCGCCGCCCCCCAUUAUGUCUGCCUGGGUCCUCCCCCGCCUGUCACCCUCCCGGGGCCCCUCCACCGCCUGGCUCAGUGGGCCGGAGCUGAUCGCUCUCACUGGCCUGCUGCAGAUGAGCCAGGGGGAACCCAGGCGCAGCUCCUCCGUGGUUGCCACGCCCCCUGCUGGCCCCCCAGACCCUACCUCUGACCCACCAAGCCCCUGUGGUAGCCCCGGCAGUUCUCAGGGUGCUGACCUCUCUCUCCCACAGACCCCAGACACCCAUUGUCCAUAGCCUUCUCAGGGCAGAGUGGGCUGGUUGUGUUGACAAUAAAGCAGUGUUGGUUUGCAAAA